AGCUACAACCAGAGCAGAAUCAACAGAAAAGGAGAUACGUCCACCAUGAGCGGAUACAACCCCAAGAAGUCUCUCAAAUCGAGCUUCCGAGCGUCUCCUCGCUCAAUCGCGCCCAUCUAUACUGGCGGUCCUGUCCUGCUGACCAAAGAUGGUCAAUGGCUCAUAACCACCAUGGGAGAGGAAGCCCUCGUGACUGAGGUUCAGACCGGUCUUGCUAUUGCCAGAAUACGAGGUGACGGCACAGCCAUCUCCUCUUUGGCUUUGAGCUACCACACCUCCCCUCCCAUUCUAUUGACAUCUCACAUGUCAAUGACAGUCCGAUAUUAUCCCCUUCCCUCUUCAGCACCCUUGACACCCACUCCUAAACCUCCCUCUCUCACCUACACCCGACUUCUCAACAAGGCCCAUAAUGCUCCUAUCCUCGUCUCUGCCGUCUCCCCCGACAACACACUUUUGGCCACUGGAUCCUCUGACGGUAUUGUCAAGGUCUGGGAUCUCGAAGGUGGAUAUGUAACGCACAUGUUCAGAGGACAUGGUGGUCCCGUGUCUGCUUUGCACUUCAACUUCCCGACUAUUGCUGGAGAAGAAAGGCGGAGAAUGGAGCUCUUGACUGGAUCAACCGACUCGAGAGUCAGGGUGUAUGAUCUGAGAGAUAUAAAUGCGAGGGUCGUCGGUGGUGGAAACUCGGUCAAGCCGAAAGCUGUCUUGGAGGGACAUGUCAGCGUUGUGCGAGGGAUUGCUGUGACUCCGGAUGGCAAAUGGGCUGUCACGGGAGGUCGAGACAAGGUCGUUCUUGUCUGGGACAUGCUUUCGGAGGAAGCGUCAAGUAGCAAGAAGGGCAAGGGCAAGGCGACAGGCCCCAAACUGGUGCAAACCAUAAUUGCCCAGGAGCAAAUCGAAUCUCUUGGACUGUUACCGCAAGAAGAGGACGUUCACGGCUCGUCCCAGGGCAGAUGGCUCUGCUACACUGGAGGAGAUAAGGGUCUUGUGAGGGUGUGGGAUGUGCUCAAGGGUGUACAAGUGGCGGCUAUGAAGGGUGUCGAGGGCGUCGAUGAAGUGGAUGAUGACGAGGAUGAGCAACACGGCGUUCUGUCAGUCCUCUACUCUUCAACAGACUCGUCCCUGGUCUCCACCCACGCCGAUCAGAACAUCAUCUUCCACUCUCUUUCGACAUUACUGCCGACACGACAAAUCAUUGGUUUCAACGACGAGAUUGUCGAUGUCGCCUUCCUUUCCCACCCCUCCGCCCCAUCUUCUGCUUCAUCUAGUCUGCCGGAUACGUCAGACAUCCCCCAUUCGCAUAUGGCGGUCGCUACCAACUCCAAUCAGCUUCGCAUCUAUUCCACAGCAUCACACAAUGCUCGUUUACUACCGGGGCAUACCGAUAUGGUUCUUUGUCUUGACGUCUCUCCGGAUAACCAGUGGCUCGUGACUGGCUCCAAAGACCACACUGCUCGUGUCUGGGUGCCAACAACGACUUUGGGCGGAGAUGGUUUCACAUGGCAAUGUGUGGCUGUCUGUGAAGGACACGCCGAGUCUAUCGGUGCCGUCGCCUUUUCGCGCAAAAUGGACGAGCCUGGCAGAGGCAAAUUCCUUUUCACAGCCAGUCAGGACAGGACCAUCAAAAUGUGGGAUCUCUCGCCUCUUUCCUUAUCUUCUCCUCCAUCGGAGCCCAUGAGACCUCGAUCCAUGGCUACUCUGCGUGCCCACGAGAAGGAUAUCAACUCGCUCGACAUUGCUCCUAAUGACAAGUUCCUCGUCUCUGGUUCGCAAGACAAGUCGGUCAAGCUUUAUACUAUCGACUACACACCGCCCAAGUCUGAAGGACAAGGUGCUGAGGGAGGGUUCAAGAAUCUGGGUACCUGCAACGGGCAUAGGCGAGGUGUUUGGACUGUGAGGUUCAGCAGGAAUGACAAGGUUGUGGCGAGUGGAAGUGCCGAUAAGACGAUCAAGUUGUGGAGCUUGGAUGACUUUACAUGUCUCAAGACAUUCGAGGGCCACACAAAUUCUGUGCUUCGAGUGGACUACAUGUCUAACGGUCAACAACUGGUGUCCUCGUCAUCUGACGGGCUUGUCAAGCUCUGGAAUAUCAAGGACGAAGAGUGUGUAAAGACGUUGGACAACCAUGAGGACAAGAUCUGGGCUCUUGCCACAUCUUCCGACGAAGCCACCAUCCUCUCCGCUGGUGCCGACUCCCUUCUUACCAUCUGGCACGACACCACCCUCCUCGACCAGACAGAGGCCAACACCAAGCUUGUGGAAGCCGUCCAAGUCGAACAAGAUUUUGUCAACUAUGUUGCCCUCAAAGACUACCGACGUGCCAUCCUCUUGGCCCUCAGUAUGGCUCAGCCUGGUCGACUGUUGAACCUCUUCUCCACGGUCAUCAGUGGGCGUCAACCUAAUGUCAGUGAAGAGGAGCAAGGCCUGACGGGAAGCAAGGAGAUCGACCAGAUCUUGGAGACGCUCCCUGGUGUUGACCUCGUGAGGCUAUUGAAGUUUGUGCGUGACUGGAACGCGAAUGCGCGCACAGCCCCUGUGGCACAGAUCAUCCUUUAUACGGUGCUGAAGUUGAGGAGCGCGGAAGAUAUCUUGGAGGCUUUCGAGUCUGCAAACAAGAUACCUACACGCGCUGAUGAUGAUGACGAUGAGGACGUGGAGAUUGAAGACGCCGAUGCGGAGAAGAAGAAGAAGAAGAAGGCUAGACCUGAUCUUGCGGCGCCUAUCAGCAUCAAGGACCUCUUGGAGGGUCUCAUUCCCUACUCUGAGCGACACUUUAACCGAGUGGAUAAGCUUGUCCAGGAGAGCUACAUGCUCGACUAUGUGCUUGGCGAGAUGGAAGGCGGCUUGUUUGGAGAAGAGUUGAUGGACGUUGGGCAAUAACCACACCAUGUGCCGGUGAUUCAUAUACUUCUUUGCAUGUAGCUGCAGCAUUGUCAAUCAUAACGCUCGUCUCUCAUAAAGCAUAAACCCAUCUAGGACAGAUCGUGAAUGGUACCAAUGUACACAAUCGUAUAGCUAUAAUAAUCCAAGAUAACACCCAAAAAGGGAUCUCAAGCACGAGCCUAUAUCUCGACUUCAUCCAGCCUCUCCAACUCGCCAAAUUUGCCCUUUGCACCUUCAAGCUCCCCAUCGGGCUUGGCCUCCAGGCUCCCAUGCGGCGUCCCCAAUUCCGCCUCCAGAUCGCUCAAUGUCGUCGCGUUACUCCUCCUCCUGUCCGCCUCCUUUUCCUCCUCCGUCCUCGGCACAGGGCUUGAAAUAUCGAUAGCGUCUUCUGCAAUCGGCGGUACGGGCAAUUCUUUGUCAUUCACAGACUCGGCGGUGCGGCGACGAAAGAAGGAGCCCAUCCCGCCGCCCCCGACGGAAAGCUUUGCGUUCGCAGGGGCGGGCACAGGGGCAGCAUUGGGAGAGGUAGCAUUUUGCGGUGAAGCCGCCCUGACGCCUUUCGUCCAGCUGCUCACGAAACCGCUCAGACCCAAAGAAGUGCCCUCUUCAUUAGGCGUGGGCAGGGGCGAAAUGUGGGUAUUGGAUGUGGCGUUAGAAGCAGCGCGGGAACGACCAGGAGAGAGGGCUUCACUCGGGGGUUGUAAGGGGGACUUGGCACCUGUGGCCCAAAGCUUGAAACCCCAGCCAGAACCUUUUGCUUCUUGCUGAAGAGGCUCGUCUGGGUCUCGGUCGGUGGGGAGAGGGGGGAGCGAGAUGCCCUUCAACGCUUCCGCUGCGCUUUCACCACCCUCCCCGCCUUCGUGCGAAGCCAUAAAUUCUCGCAAAGCCUUCAGACACACUUCGGUAGCUAUCCGCGAUUCUUCGCUCUCUGCUAGUCUGGAUUGCAGUUGACGAAGUUCAGAGCGGAGUUGAUUCGCAUCCUCGAGGGCGGCAGCUUUAGCAGCGACAGCAGAUUGGAGAGCUGCUUGGGUGACUGAUUCGUCAAAGUAGCCAGCCUGGGUGGUGUUGGGCUGGGCAGGAGGACUAGGACUGUGAUGAGUAGCGGUAGGAGGGGUGGAGCUCAGGCGUAGUUCGCGCAGGCCGCCAAGUCGGGCCUGGCCAGGAACAUUGGGCGAGACCAAAGACUGCCUGUCGAGGGAGGCACUGACCUCACUGGGCUCUGACUGAGAGCUGAUCCUGCGAUGAGAUCUCGCCAUCAUACUGGUACGCCUAGAAGCCUUGACAUCUUUGGCAGCUUGUUCGCUCGUACUCGCCAAUACUUCCUCUUCUCCUUGCUGGGGUACGCCGAGCCCCAACACAUUUAUACCGCUCAUGAGGCUCAUUCGCUUCCUAUCGGCGUCCUGCUUUUGCAGAGCCAUGACGCCUCUUCUAGCCUGUUCCACCUGCCCCCUGAGCAUCUCUACGCUCUCCUCUGC